AUGUCAACACCGGUGUUACCUUCGACAGAUACGAAACGACGAGCUCUUAUUAUUGGUAAUGGUUCAUAUACGAAUCUAUCUUCACUUUCUUAUUCGAUUAAUGAUGCUCAAGAUCUUGGUGAAAAAUUACGUAUGAUGCAAUUCGACGUAACUAUCGGUACAAAUUUGGUGUACGAUCAAAUGGAAACGAUAGUAGAUGAAUUUUUGAACAUCAUUUGUGAGAAAGAUAUUGUUAUCUUCUUUUAUGCUGGUCAUGGGGUUCAAUGGAAAAAUCAAAACUAUUUAUUGCCAACGAACGAUGACGAACUGACAAGCAAUGAUAUGCUUCAAUAUCAUGCUACUAAUGCUGGAAAACUACUUCAACAAAUCAUCGCUCGAGAUCCAUCGACAGUCGUAUUCUUACUCGAUGGUUCAUAUAAUAGAGAUACAUCACAAAGUGCUUUGAAAUCUGUUGGUCUUUGUAAUAUUUCAGCACCAAUGGGUUCUUUUGUUGUUUUCGCAUGUGGCAUUGGCAAAACGACCGAAGAUAUGUCGAAUAAUGAUAGAAACGGAAUAUUCACAGAACAUAUUCUAAAACACAUUGCCGAAUCCAAUCGGACAAUUGAAGAAAUCAUGACUCGUGUAUGCAAUGAUAUUGCAACAGAAACUAAUGAAGUUCAAGUUCCUUUUUGUAUUAAUUCGCUUCGUCACGGUCAAAUUUAUUUGAAUAUUCAACAUCGAAAGGCUUCAUUAUGUCCGAAUGACAUUCAUCCGAAUGCCAAAUGGAUACAAAAUGGUGUUACUGUAGCGGGUGGCAAUGGAUCUGGCACUGAUACCAAUCAAUUGUUGAAUUCUUGGGGUUUAUAUGUUGAUGAUGAUCAAAGUAUUUUAAUUGCUGAUCAAUUGAAUCAUCGUAUUAUCGAAUGGGAAUGCGGAGCGACUAAUGGUGGCCAUGUUAUUGCCGGUGGAAAUGGACAAGGCGAUGGUGCUCAUCAAUUGAAUUGUCCAACAGACGUCAUUGUUGACAACGAUAGUGAUAGUCUCAUUAUUUGUGAUCGGGACAAUCAACGAGUAGUUCGUUGGCCUCGUCGAAAUGGUAGACGAGGAGAAACAAUUAUAUCAAAUAUUGACUGUGUAUGUUUGACAAUGGAUAAUAACGGAUAUAUCUAUCUUAGCGACGACCAUAAACAUGAAAUUCGACGAUAUCGAAUAGGAGAAUCUCAAGGAAUUCGAGUUGCAGGUGGCAAUGGAUGUGGUAAUCGUCUAGAUCAAUUCAAUGAACCUCGAUACAUAUUUGUCGAUCAAAAUCAUUCUGUUUAUGUAUCAGAUAGUGCCAAUCAUCGUGUGAUGAAAUGGAUCGAAGGUUCCACACAAGGAAUUAUCGUAGCCGGUGGUCAAGGAAAAGGAAAUGAUCUGAUACAAUUGCUUUUUCCUCAGGGAAUCGUUGUCGAUCAAACGGGUGCUGUCUAUGUAGCUGAUGGAGGAAACCAUCGAAUUGUGCGGUGGUCUAAUGGAGCUACACAAGGUCAUGUUAUUGUCGGUGGGAACGGUCGAGGUGAAAAAUCGACUCAAUUCAAUUGGCCUUUUGGCUUAUCCUUCGAUCGAUGCGGAAAUCUCUAUGUCAUCGAUUUGUACAAUCAUCGAGUUCAACGAUUUCAGGUAGAUAUACACUCAUAG